GGGACAUGGGGCAGCCGGGACUCGAACCACCAACCUUGCGGUGCCCACCUGUAGUCCCCCGAACAGCAAGGAAGGUAAGCACAAACAUAACAUUUGCAACAGCACAAAGAAGUAGUUCCACUCCCACCGGCGCGUGCAGUUACCAUGGGAACGCGACCCGACACAGACGCCCGGGGACGCCUUUUGACAGCCAGCGAAGCGCUUCCACGCCGCGACACCGUUUGUUCGCUUUUGCCGCUUUUGACGGACCCAUGGAGGAGUACGAGGAGGUGCGGUUUUUGGGCCGCGGAGGAACCGCGGACGUGUUCCUUAUGAGGCACGUCGAGGCCCGCAGCCUGCGCGCCGUCAAGAGGAUCCGAGUUGAGGACUCGGGGACGGCGAAAACGCGAGGCGCCGCCCUCCGGGAGGCCGAGAUCCUCCGUGCGUUGGAGCACCCCCACGUAGUGAAAUGCCACGACGCCUUUGCCCACACCGACGGGUGCAUUUGCAUUGUGAUGAGCUACUGCGAUGGGGGGACAUUAGAUGACAAAGUGAAGGGGAGGAAAGCACUGGAGUUUUUCCCCGAGGACACUGCGAUGGGAUGGUUUGUGCAGGUCGCCGUUGCUUUGCAUUACAUACACGGGGCAAAAAUACUGCACAGGGACAUCAAAACAUCAAAUGUGUUACUGACAAAGCAAGGCGUGGUGAAGUUGGGGGACUUUGGAAUAUCCAGAGUAAUGGCCGACACGGCGGACUUGUGCUCCACCUGUGUUGGGACACCCAUCUACCUCAGUCCUGAGCUGUGCCAGGGCGUCCCGUACAGCUCCAUGUCUGAUAUCUGGGCUCUCGGCUGUCUGCUGUACAAGAUCUGUGCUCUCAGAGCUCCGUUUACAGCCACAAACCUCCUGAGUCUGUCUUACAAGAUCACCAAAGGGGAGUACGAUCCCGUUCCUACCUGCUAUUCGGACAACGUGUCCUCUUUGGUAAGGAGAAUGCUCAGCCUCAACCCAGAAAACAGGCCCACUGCUGCCUGGAUACUAAACGCUGCAUACGUGCAAGACCACCUGAAGGCCAUCAAACACGCAGUGACCGACUGUGUUCCUGGGAAAAGCGAUGACUUAAAUAAAAAAGAAAUAAAAUCAGACACCACACUACAGCCAGAUGCUCUCGGCCCGUCUCACGCGGAGGCCGGUCCCGGGGAUGCGCAGGACGAAAAUGAUUUCUUGUGUGUCAGGGGACAAAACCACUCCUACACAGAGGACUUUGAUGAAGAGGAAAGUCUCUCCUCUCUCGAGCAGCGCAGUGAGAGCCCGGCGUCGCCAGCGAGGAGCAGUUCUGCUGAGCCGAUCGUGUUUUCAGAGACUUACGACGUCUCAGAGGAAGUGGAAUAUCCGGAUGACUUUGAGGAAGCCGAAGUGGAAGAAGAAUAUGAGGACGAAGCCGCCCGGGUUCAUACUGAUGCUCCCCAGCAGCCGCAUGACGACGGAGUGGAGGAGGAGUUUCAGCUCUGUGAUGCUGGAGGAUUGACGGUCACACUAAAAGCACUUAAGGAAAAGGGCUGAUUAAAAAAGGACGCAAUUAUUGCAACGUAUAGGAGUGAAGGAAUUUUUUUCAUGCUGUCCUGACUUACCCUGACAGGAAAAAUAAACACGGAAGCUUCCAGCAAGGUUUAUAAAUGUAAACACAGGUUUCGUUGCAUUCAGGAGGCUUAGAGACGAAACAAACAAAACAAAAACAAAAAGGGUAACCUCGUUGUAUAUUAGCACUUAUGUGAUAU